AUGGAAGCAUCUCAAAACAACAUCUACGACACCGACUGGUAUCAGACCGAUUGGGUGUGGGGACCCUAUUCAGUUCACGUCGCUACUAGAAAGGAAUGGUUCACCACCUUCCACGACUUCAAGAGCAAAAUCACCGUAGAUGGGCUAAAUCAAUUCGAUGUUCUUGGAGUUGGCAAUGUUGAGCUUGAACUCACAAACAUCGACGACGGCGGCCAGAGGUGUUACCGAAAAAUCAUCCUGAAGGACGUUCUCCACGUCCGCGACCUCGCAGCCAACAUCUUCGGAGGCUCACAAUAUCAUCCURCUGGUGUCUCGUAUGAAGUCAAAUAUUCCGAAGACGAUCAUCUCAGCAAGCUGCCAAAGAUCGUCGAAUGUCAGGCUGCCGAUGAAGUCGGUCGACUUGACAACACCGCGCGUUCGUACGAUCAAUGGUGCGAAAAGCCUCUGCAUAUUGUGCCAUCGCGGCGCCAGCGUGAUAUUGUCGGAACUGCUGCCCAAUGGGCUUCUGGGGUGGGACAUGGUCCCCUCAUCCUAGUCAAAAACUUGGGAAAGCUCUGGCUCAAGGGACAACAACUUGGACACACAAGUAUGGCAGGUUCGGAAGAGUGGCCAACGAGUUAUCCGACUGCGGACUGGGACAGCUAUGAGCGUGAAAUAUGGCAAGCUUCUGCUGGCUUUGAAUACACGGACGAAGGGAAGACGUGGUUGAGACACCAUCACGGCAACGAGCUCAAAUAUCUUCGAAGGUUCGGCUGCAGCAUAUACGACGUAGAUCAUCGAGCUGCGGGGAGACAUAUUGUCUCGAAGAUGCUGAACUAUGACGGUUCACGUCGGGCAGCACUGGCAUACUUGUACUACAAUGCUCGGCAAUCAGAAGGGCAGACCGCCAACGACUUCUAUACAUACAUGCAAGGUCUGGAGGCAUGUAUGAAGAUAGCCUCUAUGUCUGUGAUGGAUCACAGCCGGGUAGAGUUCUACUACAGCAAACUCCGUCUCUCGAAUGGUUGGUUCGACGAUGCGGGCCAACGCCUGCAAUACGAUGGCGGAGCUGCUUGA